AUGAUCCUUUGCGCAGAAUGUAAAUUGAAAGGUGUCUUUAUGGAACCUUCAGGCAAUCCUGGGGAAUUUUGCUCCAAUCAAUGCCGAAAGGCAGCAGUAGAGCAUGGCAAGGUUCAAGGUUGUGCUAUGUGUCAUAUUUAUCCUCGGGUUCGAUUACAAAAUGGGUCACGAUCGAAUUAUUGUGGUAGACAAUGUCAGUCUAGAGCUCAGGUGGUGCAAAGACCACCUACAACUCAAUCUAACAUAUCCAUAACUUCACCAACUAGACCAACACCAACAAUACCGGUUAGCGGUGGUAUUUGGGUACCAGUGAAAGUUCCAUUAUGUCUAUAUUGUCAAAAUAAACCAUGUUGGAAAGAUCCUGGAACUCAAGCAUAUUCAUCUUUUUGUGGUAGAAGAUGUAAAGAAGCAUUUGAUGCAGAAACACCACCGAGCGAUCCUCAACUUGAUUUAAACCAACCUCCAGGGCUUGAUAAACUUAAUGAAACUAAACCUAAUAAAAAUAAACGAACUAAUACUUUACAAUCUAUUGAUGAUGAUUCUGAACUUCCUCCACCAUAUGAACCUAGUGAUAGAGAUAGAUAUAAAAAUUGCUCAGAUAGAAAAAUAACACGUGAUGAUAGUUUUGAUGAUGAGAAUCCAUAUGGAACAAAAUUUUAA